AUGGAGAAGUUUGAUGAGGGUACCCAAGUUUAUCUAAAUAGAUUAACACAAUCUCUAGAAAAAUUGCAGAGCAACUCAGUUUCUCAAAAUACUCUGACUACGAGUGAAACUAAUGAACAGGAAACACUCCAGGAAGUUCGUCUUCCUACAAUUGAUCUUCCUCACUUCCAUGGUAGAGAUGAUGAAAAUUUCGAAUGCUAUUGGAAAACAUUCGACUCCUUAAUAAACUCCAAAAAAUCUAUUAGCAAGCCUAAUAAAUUCCUCUAUUUGCAAAGUACCCUAGAGGGUAAAGCAAAAGCAGUUGUCGAACACCUAAUUCCUGGUGAUAAGGACUACGAUUCUGCUAUUCAGUUACUAGAAGUUAAUUACAGCAAUAAAGAAAUUGCUAUUGCUAAUCUUUAUUAUAAGUUAAGAGCGAUACCUACACCAGAUACAACACCUGACGCUCUACAAGAAUUUAGGCUCCAGGUUGAGUCUCUAAUUAAAGUUCUAGGUGUCAAAGCAGAUGUACCUAAAGCAGACUGGGUAUUGAAAUUAGAAAUACAGAGUAAGUUUGCUAAGAAGAUUCUAGCAUCCAUCUGUUCCCAUUAUAGAACAGAUAUCCUAUCCUUAGAUGAAAUUUUCGAGGGAUUAAGGAUAACCGUUAAUCGACUGAGAGCUCAUGAGAAAAUAAUAUCUGACACUGACAAAUCAGCCAAUGACAAACUAGUCAAAUCCAAAGUUACCUCCAAACAGCCUAAUAAAUCUAAAACCGCUACUUCCACUCCAAGAUGGAAGAAUACUACAGUAGGUACCUACACUAUCAGCCCUUGUAAACCUGUAGCCCAUAAGUCACCCAAGUUAGUGACUCCUACAUCUACUACAGGAAGGAGAUGCUGUCUCUUUUGCCAAGAACGUCAUACAAUUUAUCAAUGUCAAAACUUUCCUGAUCGCGUUUCUAGGAUAAAGCGCCUCACGGAAUUGCACAAGUGCACCAGGUGUUUGUUGCAACACGAUCCUAAUACAUGCACCACCCCAUUACACAUAUGUAACAGGUGCCACCAGGAUCAACAUCAUUCAGCAUUGUGUGGAGUUGAUAGGCCUAAAUCACCAAAACUCCAGGUGGAACAGGAUACUUCCACCAUUGUGCAGUGUUGUAAGGUGCGACAGGAGGUUAAGGUGCUUAACACCAAGUCUCGUAAUAAUGUUGUAUUACCUAUUGCACAACUACAAUUAAAUAGUAAGAAUUCUAAAAUCACUACAAGAGGUCUAUUCGACCAGGGAUCCCAGAGAACGUUCAUCACUCAACAAGCAGCUAACCAGCUGAAACUUAAACCCUUGUGUAAG